UUCCGUAUACUUACCAAUAUUAAUUAUAAAUACGACUUUGUGAAUCUCCGAUUGAUCUCCGAGUCGAAUACUUAUGCCCACUUCAACAAAACUCGAAAGUCUGAGAGUCAGUGACAACGUGUCCUACUAUUACUUUGAUAGUGGUAAUGUCCCUGGAAACAAAUAUACAACCUUGGUCUUUGUCCAUGGUAUGGGUUUCAAUGGAGGUGUUUUCAGGAAGCUUUUCCCUCUAGCUGCUGCGCACCGUCUCCGCAUAGUCAGCCUAUACAGGCGUGAUUAUAAACCCACCACCAGCUUCCGUGAUGCAGACUUGGCUGGUAUUGUGUCUGGAACAGUGGAGGGAGAGGAAGGCUUCCUUCGCAGCCAAGCGGUCGAUAUCGCUACUUUCCUUGUUAUGUUUGCCCGCGAGCAACAUAUUCCCCCAGCGGAAGGUACCAGCGGUGGAAUUGCCCUGAUGGGGUGGUCUUUAGGGUCAUUGCUCACUCACGCUGUCUUGGCCUAUCUUGAUGCCUUGCCAUCUAAUAUUCUUUCUGACCUCGGAAAGUAUCUCCAUACUAUGGUUUCUCAUGAUGUGAGUGGGGGUUUCCUUGGUAUGCCCAAACCCCUAGACUACAAUCUCGACCUGUGGUUUGAACCCGAUGUCGAGAAGAGGUUCAAUCUUUUCUAUGAAUGGGUGACGGCGUUCUACCCGAACACGGAUGUCACCUCAGGAAACAUUGACGACCUCGAGUUCAACAACUUCUCAGACAAAACCCACUCCAUGCACGAUUUGUCAUCUGAGGAGCUUGCAGAGCUCACAUCUGCCAAAACUUUCGGUGCUUCCGACACACUCCUCCUCCGUAUUCGACUAGACGUAUUCAAGGCCACGACAAGACGUGCUAUAUUCAACACGGCCUUGGCGGAGAAGUUUCUCCCUAACCUACGUGUCAGAUACAUGAGUGGUGGAGCGAGUCCUGGUGUUUUAGUCUGGGCAUUGCAUGAAUUAAAGAAGUGUUUGGCUGACCCCAAGCCAAUGUAUGGGCCUGAUGCCGAAAGGGCGCGAGACGUGAAGUUCAAAUUCCAGACUGAAGGAAACCACUUUAUAUUUUGGGACGAACCAGAGGUAGCCCUUGAGCAUUACAUUGCUACCAUAAACCUUUAGAGAUAACGGGUCCGAUAAAUAUUGUUCUUCACGGUGUGGUUUAUUACCCCUGCCACGUCGGCAAAUAAAGCCAAACCGAAUUGCUGAGAGGACGGC